GUGACGUCAUCAACUAGCAUUGCCAAUGGCGUCACAGAGAAAGACAAGGUGACCAACCAUUGAAACCAAUAUGGCUGGACUUCAAAUCAAUAAUGUGGUCAGCCUCAAUGAAGGAACUGACCCUGACCAGAUGACCAUCAAACCUGAACCAGUGGAUGAGGGAUAUGAUGCAGCUCUCACAAGUACAACAGAUGAAUCAACCACAUUAUCGGACCAAGGUGCUGCAAUGACCAACCAAGGUGCUGCAAUGACCAACAAUGACAGCAAGAAUGCCACUGACAUCACUUUUCCGAGUGGAGACUCGAGUAAGAGGCUAAGAGGAAUACUGAGCAACAUGCUCAGUGAUACUAGCAAGGAACUUUCUGUCAAAACUGUAAUCGAGGAUCUUCUACAGAAAAACGAAUACCUACUGGCACAAAACAAUGCUGGAUUGUAUAAACCCCAACCAAGAAACAUGUCCUACAAAAAGUAUGAUGAUGUCAAUUCAAAGUAUUACCCACAGGCUUCAGCUUCUGUUUACAAUAUAAACAAUGGUCCAACUGUGUCCAAACCUGGUAUGUCAGCAAUCCUACGUCCUGGAAGUCCAACGCUAACUUGUCCCGCACCCAAAAAGGAAAAUACAAUAUUGGAGCUGGGUGUGUUGGAAAGCAAGACGGAACAAAUCCUGAGCAAUACCUCACAGGAGGUUGUGUGUGGUGUAGCCUCCAAGGCUUUUAUCAUGACACAGGAAGGAGUAAACAUCCAGACUGAUCUACAGUUUUAUUGGUGCAACUUCUGUCCGUUAAAAACUGAAUCAAAACAGAAUCUGCUAAGUCAUGUUUUGGAACAUAGAUUUCAUUGUAAGACAUGUGAAUACCAGUCGUUUUCAAGGGCUGAUGUCAUCAGGCAUGCUGUACACGAACAUUCUGAUUUCUAUGAAACUGCAAAAACCUUGAAAUUUUGCACUUUCUUGCCAGAUCUUGAACAGAAGACAGAAAAUUCCAGUAACUCUGUUCACAAAUCUUCCAAACGAAAGCUAAAUGAGGAGUACAAAGAUGCUGAAAAGAAAGCAAAAGUUGAUGCUGUUGACAGGCAAUCAACAGAAGAUGGGAAAAGGCCAUUGGAAGUUAAAGAAAAAACAAAAAAAUCGCAAAAGAAAGACGAUGACUAUGAGUGCUUUGAAAUGGAAGUAGAUGAGGUUGAUGAUGACAAUAAUAACUAUGAAAGUGAAGACGAAGAUGAUGAGGAGGAGGACAGGGCAACAGAAACCAUUAUAACUCCAAGCUCCAAAAAAGAAACCUCCAAAACACUGCCACUUUCUGUUCCAAACUUGCUGAAGCAGACACCUACUAAGGCACCAACACCAGCAGCUUCCAGUUCUAAUAUAUCAGCAACAUUGUCAACCAAAGCUUCUUCCACUCCGUCUUCAAAGGGAGGUAACACUGUAACAGUAUCCUCUGGACUGUGCUGGAACUGUGGAUACUGUGAAUUUGUCACUUUGAGUCAAACUUUUCUCAAAACCCAUCUCAACAGUCAACACACUGGUAAAGCACAUAAAUAUGUUGCAAUGCUGGUAUCGUCUCAGGAGGAAAUGAACCGCAUCAAGGAAAAGGAUUCCACAAUGUACCAAAGUCCAAAUACAGCUGUUUAUGGAAACCUUGGUGGUCAGCAUUCAGCCUCAACAUAUACCCCAACCAACCCAGCUCCUAUACCAGCUGCCAUGACAACUGCUGUCACUGGAACUAUGAGUGCUAGCAUCCCUGAUCGCGAUAAUGCAGAGUAUGAUGAUAGUGAAAGUGAUGAAGAUUUCAUUCCAGCUGAGCAAAAGAAAAAAUAUCCUCUAACAUACAAAUGUGCACACUGCAAUUUUAAUGCUCCUGUCUGUUUUAAGAUCAAAGAACAUCUACAAAUCAAACAUGUAGGUUGUGUGUUGUACAGCCUCGAUAUGCGUGCUGUAAAGCUUAAACAGCGUCGUUAUGUGUUCUUUUGUCAUCGCAAGAAUUGUUCAUUCACCACCAAGAAAACUGAAGAAUAUUUAAACCAUUCAGAGAGUUGCACUCCCUGGCUUGAACUUGGAUGCCCAGAGAAAGUUGAUGCUCCUUCCAAAAAGUGUCUAGAACUCACAAGGUCAUUUUCAUCAAAGAUUUCUCAAAAGGCUUUCCAAAUGGCCAAGAAUUUUAAGUCGUCCAAAACUGCUGAAUAUGCUUGUGUUCACUGUUCCUAUACCUCAAAUAAUAACACCCGUGUCAAGAAACAUGUAUUGUCUAACCAUAAAGAUAGCGACACUCUAAUGAAGGAUCUGCAGGCCCAUCGUAUGAAGAAAAAAAUGUAUGUGUACUUCUGCAAGUACUGUCUGUGGGAGACCAGGAAUGAUGGGGAGCUCACCGACCAUUUAAAAGACAAGCACAAUGAUUCUACUGUUGUUAAUCCUGCUCCUAAUCCACCUGAGGAAGAGCCGACUAUGAUGAUGGAGAUGCCAGCCACGUCCUCCCUUGUAGCAAACUCACCAACUGUAAGCAUUGAAAUGGACGAGUCCCCACCAACAACUACACCUGAUGAAUCGGCAAACAAUUCUGAGGCAGGCGAAUAUGAUGACAACUUUGAUGAUCUGGAAGUGCCACAAGAUGUGAUUCAGUCAUUGAUGGAUGAGUAUGUUACUCAUGAGGCUUCCCACGGUGUGUCACCAGGUAGACCAACACGUAAUGCUGCAGCUAAGGCACAGGUUCGGUGUCGAGCUCAAGGUCAGUCUCCUCAGCUGUUCCGCUGUGUACACUGUCCCCACAUGUGCUUUGGGGUAAAUUUGGUCAAGAAACAUAUGAAGGCAAAACACAGUAAUGAACCUUUACGCUCUAUGGAUCUGAAAAAGAAGAUUGCACGAUCAUAUGCUUAUUACUGCUUCUGCCCUAAAGAAGCAUGCACAUUCUUACACACCUCGGAAGAGUCCGUUAUAAAGCAUGCACGUAAUGACCAUGGACUUUCUCAAGAUCAUGAGGAACUACAGCGACUUAAUCAGCCAAUGAUAAGAGGUGGAGGAGGUAAUCAGGUUCGACAUGAUGUUCAGUAUGAAUGUCUGUAUUGUAAUGCUAAUGGUACAGGUGCUAUCAAGACAAGUAUGGAAAAAAUGAGGAGACACAUCCUAGAGGACCAUGGUGGAGAGGAAGUCAUUUUCCGAGACUGUGUUGCUAGGAAACUGAGAAAGACAUCACGUAUCUUUAUGUGUGCUCACAUGACAUGUGGCUACAACACCACUGACCAGAAAGAGUAUACCUUGCACCGUCUGGCACAUGAGCAGUCCCAUAUCUACGAGUGUGCAAAGUGCCAGUGGUUCACUGCCAACCCAGACACUGUGGCAGCGCACAUGUCAGCCAUGCAUGCUGGGUCUCAAGUAACAACCAUGGAGAUCUUUCUUGAUUUGGAUGAGAAAGGAAAUGUUGUCAAAAGAGUUGGUGGUACUGUAAUUAAACAAGAACCAGAGUAAAUAUUAACUAAAUAGCAUUGUUAGCUGAUUUUAUUUGAUAUUGACAUGUAUAUUAUCAUAAAAUGUAGAUUUAGAAGUUCUGAUCAUAUUACUUGAAUUCAUGCAGUAUAGACGGUGUUUAAUUGAGAGUACUAGUGUUGCAAUAUGUCAUACUAAUGCAGGCAUAGUAAAUUAAAUAUAAGGCAUACUGUACUUGAUUAACAUACUCCAGCAUUUUUUUAAUGAGCACUCAGGUGUGCUCGAUUUCAGGCCCAUGUUCUGCAGAACAUUUGGCUAUGUACUUAAAUUCAUGUCUGAAGCAUAUUCUGAUCCAUCUCUUGGGUUAUGGUUUAAAUUUGUAAACACUAGAAUCAAAGAUAACAGAUAAUGGAACAUUCAAAGCACCAGUAUCUUAUUAAUGCAUCAAUCAAUUUGAUUGCCAUGUUUUUUGUUGUUGUUUUUUUUAAACUAAAAUGUGAUGUUCCUUUUAUAAAAAAUUUAAUAUUUUGAUGAAAUACUUUGGGAUUAUUUACUAGUUAUUCCUUGGGGAAAAACAUUUUAAUUAAAAAUUUUGAAUUUUACAUUGAUGACCACAAUGAAAUAGCUAUGAUCAUGAUGAUUAAUUUCAAACCUGUACAGAAAUGCAUUAAAUCAUGAUACGGCCAGUAUUUGGUGUAAUUAGAUGUACCUUGUCGGUAUAAAGAAUAGAAAAAGGCCCACAUUUAUUAUUAAUUAUAUUGGAUCACACCUGGUGUUUUUACCAAUGCUAAUUAAUUAUAUAAGAGGACUUAUGAGCUGUUGAUCAGCAUGUUUGAUAUGUAGUUUAUUCAGGUCAUGUCCUUGUGGAGUAUGUUGCCAUAUUUUUCUUGAGUGCUAACAUAUUACUGUUUAUCUUGUCAAAACAUGUAUUUCAAGAUUGCCCUCAAAUCCUUAUUAGAAUCAAACAAUCAAUGAAAUAUAAAACAUUCCUAUGGCUACCAAUACAGGUGUUGUUGCAGGGACAGUUUCUUAAUGAGGCUAGCUGUUGAGUUAAGAAUGAAGCAAACAUUUAUAUAUAUAUAUACACACAUGCGGUAUAUAGAAUCUGAAUCAUUCACACCAUUAUCUCACUACCAUGUCUGGAUCAAACACAUCUACCUUAGCUGAAAGUUGUUGAUGUUGAAAUACAGUAUUGUACUACAGAUAUAGUAAAUAAAUAUAAAGAUAUCAUUUUC